UGCCGGCGCAGGUUUAUGGCGUCAUUGCACUCGCCGGAAAAGCAGACUAGACUCUUGUGUGCAUCAUUUAAUAAAUAUUUUUUGUAGUUGGGAAUAAAGUGUUUUAAUUUUGCUUUACACGAUGUCCUUGGAGACCGUACCAAAAGAUCUCCGUCAUCUACGGGCUUGUUUGCUGUGUUCUCUUGUCAAGACCAUUGACCAGUUCGAGUAUGAUGGCUGUGAUAACUGUGAGUCCUACCUGCAAAUGAAGGGGAACCGGGAGAUGGUUUAUGAAUGCACAAGCUCCUCCUUUGACGGCGUCAUUGCAAUGAUGAGUCCUGAAGACAGCUGGGUUUCUAAGUGGCAAAGAAUAGGAAAUUUCAAAGCAGGCGUCUAUGCUGUAACCGUAACUGGAAGAUUACCCCCAGGAGUGGUGCGAGAACUAAAGAGCAGAGGAGUCAUCUACAGGUCCAGAGACACGGCGGUGAAGACGUAAACGCGAGUCGGCAUCCCGUCCCAGAAAAGUUCCUCGGCUCGACCCAUUGUCGACGUCGAUAUCGCCAGCUGUCUAAAAAACCCGCUUCACUCGAUUGUGUUCUAUUUCUGAACUGUACAACAUUUUACAACUUGUCAUUUCUCACCUCUGAUCAAAGAAUAAAUAUCUAAAAGCCUUUGA